UUUGUUUUGUGAAUCAUUCACCUCGUCGAAACUAUUGCAAUGGGAGACAGGAUUCCUAUUCAAACAAAGUAGCUUUUCACUUACUGGAUUUUGUCAGUCACACUACAUUUACUGAGAAGAGAACUGAGAUACAAACAUGAUCUUGAGGGUCCUGUUACUGAUGCCCCUUUUAAUAGGGUCAUCUCUGGGGAUAUCGGUGACCUGCCCUCAAAAGAAAUAUGUGACCAUCUUGUUCCAGCCCGUGGUAUUGAGAUGCAACUACCAGACCACAGCCACCCAGCCCCCCACCAUCACGUGGCGGUACAAAUCCUUCUGUCAGGACCCUGUGAGCGCGGCCCUCAACCCCAACAGCGUCACCAACCAGAUCGCCAACUCCAACCCCAACUACAACCCCAACACGGAGUGCGCGGACAGCGGGCGCACGAUCCGCAUCGUGGCGUCCAAGCAGGGUAGCAGCGUCACCCUGGGGGAGAUGUACCAGGGUCGCAGGAUCACCAUCACAGGGGAUGCUGAUCUGAGUCUUGAUCAGACUGCCUGGGGUGAUGGUGGAGUUUAUUACUGUUCAGUCGUGUCUGCUCAAGAUCUGACGGGAAACAGCGAGGACUUCACAGAACUCAUAGUCCUGGGGAGGAUGUCAAACUCCACAGAUCUGUUGCCAGGCAUUGAGAUAGUGGGUGUGGAAGACUGGCUGCUGGUGGUGUUGGUGAUCAUGGGGUUCCUCUUGCUGUUGAUGCUGAUUGGGAUCUGCUGGUGCCAGUGCUGCCCCCACACCUGCUGCUGCUACGUCAGCUGCCCCUGCUGCCCCGAGCGCUGCUGCUGCCCCAGAGCCCUGUAUGAAGCUGGGAAAGCCGUCACAUCGGGGGUGCCCAGUAUGUACGCGCCCAGCGUGUAUGCUGCCAGCAACUACUCCCACCCCGGCCAGACCCACAUGGUGCCCGUGGGUUCUGCAUAUCCCAUGGUGCCCAUCGUUCCCAGUCGCAACGGGUACAUGCCAGACUACGAUGGAGCCAGCUCGGUUGGACAUCACUCCCAGGUACCUCUCUUGCAUGACCAAGAUGGUGCGAAUUCUGUGCGCAGUGGGUAUCGAAUUCAGGCAAACCAGGUAGACGACUCAAUGAGGGUCCUUUACUACAUGGAAAAGGAGCUGGCUAACUUUGACCCCACUCGCCCUGGCGAUGCCAAUGGAAAAUAUGAGAAAUUGACGGGAAUGAGCGAGGUGAGCUCUCUUCACGAGCCCGCGGACCCUCGCGCCAACAUGCGCGACGGGAUGGGCCGGGUGCGCAACCAGGCGAUGAUGCCCAUCAUGGACGUGGACGAGAACAUGAGCGUGGUGAGCAGCGUCUCGCGCCACGCUGACCCCCGUUACCGCGACGAUGCCAGCAGCCGUGGAGGGAGGGGCAGAGAUUAUAUUCCCAGCCGGGGACGGGCUCGCUCCAUGGACGACCUUGAUGACCUGGACCGCAGUUACCGUGACGACCACUACAGGGGAGGGCCUGACAGAGGGGGGCGUGGCAACUCUGGUGUUGACCGUGACGAUCGGUGGAGGCGUGACUACUCCCCUGACGACCGUCGCCGAGGGGAUCCCUACGAGAGGCGGAGCCGUAGCCGUGACGACCUGCGAGACCUCGAGAGACGCGGCAGCCCCCCUCCCCGCGGAGGCUACGAUGACGGCUUCCUGGAGGAGGCGCUGAGGAGGAAGCAGCUGCAGAACCAGCCCCGCUCGGGCAGCCGCGACAACCUGGACAGCGCCAGCGACGCCACGUACCGCUCCGGAGGAAACAGGAGGGACCGGCGCAGGAACUCGGACGACGGCUUCCCCACGCCCCCACCCCCGCUAUACACUGACACGGAGUCUCUCGCCUCCUCUAAAGGCAGGGGCAAGGGCAACCUGCGCAAGAAUGGAGCUGUGAGUCGGGAGAGCCUGGUGGUCUGAGAGCGGAAUGUCUUGUGUGUUCUGGAACCCCCUCCUUUUAAUUCUUACUGAAUGCUUCCCUUUGCUGAGAAAUGAGGCCAAACAAAUCCUGAUUAAUCAGCGUUCAACACAAGGCUUCAACUUCCGGCUACUGGUAAAUCAGUACUGUAAUAAACAUAUUCGUCAAGGAAUGUUUUUUUUUUCUUUUUCCAAUAGCUGUUUGGGGUGUCUUUUUAGAGUAAAACAUUUCUUUUUCUAAUGUUAGUUUCAUCGUUUUCGCUGUAUGUGCACACAGACAAAUCACUGUCUGUAAAGCAUCCUGUUCAUCCACUGCCUCUAGUGUGUGAUUUUUCUUAAAAUAUUGUAAACACAUUUAAUAAGUGCAACUAUAAAAAGUCACUGAAGGCAUUAGAUGAACUGUUUCUAUACUGGGCUACAUUUAAUGUAAUAGUUGUUGCAUUUUAUAACCAGACCAAUUACCCCAUGUGUGCAUUCCAACAAUUGAAUCAGAUGGGUCAAAUCUGAAAAUGUGUUUUGUUAGGAUUGGCAGUUGGCAAUUUUUAUAUUCAUAAAACUUGCUCUGAUUCGAAACAAAUAAAUAAAACGACCUAGAGGCAUAUCAGUUGAUUCAAACAGCCGGAAAACAAAUGCAGAUUGGACGUUCUCAGGGGAUCAUGUUGGUAUGGCCUUGUAGGUUUUGUAUGGGGUGCAACAGGAAUGGGAAUGCAGUUUGUAUUGCAGAAGGUGGAUAGUUCAAUUAACCGCUCAUUUUGUGUGAGUGAGGAGAGUUGGUGGUUAAAGAAAGAGGCUUGUUACCAGGAGGUUUCCAGUUCAGCCACUGACUCACUGUGUGUCACGCUGAGCAAGUCGCUUAGCCUCCUUGUGCUUCUAUUAAAAAAAAAAAAGAGAAAUUUUUAUUCUCAAACCUUUUACUGCAUGCAUGAAUCAAAGCUAGCUACCACACUAUUACUGUUACCUGUGUUUUAGUGUAAAUGACUCAUUUUUGUAAAUUUGUACUGUUGUUAGACUCCAUAGCAUAGUUAUUAGUAGUCCAUGGGUUGGAGCCACUCAUUUUGUACAGCAUUGUUGCCCAAUGUAACCCAGAGCUGUCUCUGUGGGAUUUGUUGCUGUGUAAACCACAAUCGAACCCUUACUACCAUAAUUGAAUACAUUGUAAAUAAGUUGUAUGUAGAUUUAAAUUUAGCAGGAGUUAGUUGGUAACAUUGUGUCAGUAAAGAUUAAUAGAAUUUGAUCCUUCGAUAUUUAGAUACUUAUUGACUGUGCAGUUACGACAAUCAGGUGUAUAUGAGUUGAUUUACUGUAAUUGCACACAGUUCACAUGUGACUUGGUGUCCAGCGAGUCAGGCAGUCUCCUCUAUUAGGAUAAGCUCUGUUUUAAAUGGUGCUGAAGCCCCCUCUAUUCUCUGCAUUGCAAAUCAAAAUGAACUGAAUUCACUCCUGUUUGCUUAGACCAGGGGUGUCAAACUCCAGGCCUUGAGGUUUUCAUUCCAACUUGACAUCUCAAUUAACAUAAUUGAUCUAAUUAUUUGUUGAAUUUGACAUAUUUAAUAUUUUUCAAGGUCUUUUUCAGUUGAUGGUUUUAAAAAUGCACUUGAUUUCAAGGUAAUCUAAUAAUUAGACCAAUUAAGUAAUUGAGAGCUUGGGUGGAACGAAAGCCAGAAGACACUGCGGCCUUCCAGGAACUGAGUUUGACACCCCUGGCUUAGAGAAUUCAGAGAGACAACCAACAUUGCCACUUAAGCCUGUAUUGCCUGACUUCUCAGACACCCUGUGAUUGGCUGAGAGCAGGAACUCAUUCAUGAGCAGACCUGUUUGCAGCCAAUAGGAUUGAAGUGAGACGUUAAUGCUGGUAAAAAUCAUUCAUGUGAUUUCCUAAACCAUGAGUUACAUGUGUAAUGAAAUGCUUUAAGAUAAUACCUCUUUUUUUAUUUUUAUAAUUGCUUUUGGUUUAAAUAGGCUUUUUAAAAAUAUUGGCAACCUUUUUUAAGACAAGAUUCUCUUGUAUUGACAUUUCAUUUUGCAUUUUUUUUAUUGUAAAUGUCAAUUAUGUACAGUUUACUAACUAUGCAUCAGAUUUGAAAUUGUUGUAAAUAAGAAGAAUCUACCACAAUGUACGCAAAAUAUGUAUCUGUAUUGAUUUUGGUAAUGUGAAGCAUAAACUCUAUUUUUUAAAAGUGUAAGCAACA